AUGAUGAGCAUUUCGCGUCGGGCUGCGGGGGCCGCACCGUCCGACCUGGAGGUGGCUGCCACAACAGGGGAACAGCAGCAGCAGCUGCGACGGCCAGGUAACCCCGCUGCCGCCUCUUCCUACACGGCUAGUCAGCUGCUGCUGCCUCUCCUCCACAGUCGCAGUCGGCUCUGGGUGGCGGGGGUGGGCCUCACUCUUGUGGUGGUGGUGGGCCUCUACGCCUUCUACUUCGCCUCCUUUGGUAACCAGCGGGGUACGGUGCUGGAGGUGAUGCAGUGCACGCACGACCUAUUCGUGGAGCAUGGCGUGACCUACUUCCUCGACUACGGCUCCCUCCUGGGCGCCAUCCGCCACAAGGGCUUCAUCCCGUGGGACGAUACCAACGACAUCGACAUCGGCGUUCUGGCUUCCGAGACAGAUCAAAUCUACGCGCUCGGCCCCUUGCUCUCGCAGGUGUGCGGGUACCACAUGAUCCACCGCUCCGACGUUGCCCUCCUCCCCGGUGUGAGCGCCUUUGUCAUCAAGAGGGGCGCCUUCCGCGUGUUCCACAAUCGCGUGACGCCCAUCUACGUGGACGUGGCCGACUACGAAGUGAAGCAGACCAGCGGGGAAGGGGGCAAGGAGGAGGAGGAGAUCGUCCUCACCGACUCGCAUUAUCCGGAGCUGGACUUUCACCUGCCGCUCUCUCGCGUGGUGCCCGUGCGCGAGUGCCAGUUCGAAGGCCGCGUGUUCCACUGCCCGCACGACCCCUUUUACGUCCUCACGCAGCAGUUCGGCAGCGAUUGGUGCAUCCCCAAACAGGACUUCAAGCCCUUCAUGGCCGACCGACAUUCCGCCGGCGCUGGCGCCUCCCGGCCCUCGUCGUGUGUCACGGCCUGCGCUGCCACUGGCAACUGCACCCUCUACCCUUGA